UGUGUAACUCGGAAUCAGCUGUUGUUUGGUAACCGGUUCUGAGGGUGGUUUCAGGAGGAGGACUCGGCAUUAAACUGAGUUUCUCUUCCACAGUUUUACUUGUGUGUAAUAUUUUAUUACCUGAAGAUGCCUCGUUCUGCGGCCGCUAUCGACGAUAGUAAAGCCUGGGUGAGAAAGAUGAUAAGAGAAGUGCUGGUGGGUCGAGAGGAUCCGGAGGGGCUCUUUGCAAUGUGUCUGUCGGUUCUGGGCCCCCAGGAGACCCGCUCUCAGUUCCUGUGCCUCAUCCGGCCCCUGGCGGCGGCCAACGCAGAGCUGCAUUUUAGGCUCAGCUCCAUCUACCAGGAGUACUUCUCCAAGUUUCAGACUGAAGAGGAUGAACUGGAACUUGCGCUGGCUCUCUCUCUAAUGGAAAUAAAGGACCAGGAUGUCCUUUCAACCCAGAGUCAAGAGUCCAGGUUCCUGCAACCUGGAGACGAGGGUCUGAAACAGACGCCCCCAGAGAAUGCUGUUGGAACAUGCGCUGCGGAGGCGAUCGCACGAGGCGUCCCAGUGAUGGAGGAGGGAGGUGUGCAUCAGUCAGAGAAAGGGAACCGGGUUAAGAGCAGGCGUCGGAGGCAUAGAGCUGCCAGGCAGCAGGCUGUGGGUUUGCCCAGCUCUCUGUCUGCACCACCACCUGUACUGCUGUGGUUCAGGAGGGAUUUGCGACUCUGUGACAACCCCGCCCUCAGUGCCUCGUUGGAGUGUGGGGCCCCUGUCAUCCCUGUCUUCAUCUGGAGCCCCGAAGAGGAAGAAGGACCUGGCACUACCCUGGCUACUGGGGGAGCUAGUAAAUACUGGCUUCAUCAAGCUUUGUCUUGUUUAUGUGCAUCCUUGGAGCACAUUGGCAGCCAUCUUGUCUACAUCAAGGCACAUGGAGGGGGGGCUGGGGUUGGCUCGUCGCUGCACAGCCUUCAGGAGCUCAUAAAGGACACUGGGGCGAGAACGGUGCUGGCUAAUGCUUUGUAUGAGCCGUGGCUGAAGGCGAGGGAUGAUGCAGUGGCCUCAGCGCUACAGAAAGAUGGUACUGAAUUGAGGAUGUUCCACUCAUACUGCCUCAGAGACCCUUACUCUGUCAGCACGGAAGGUGUGGGACUUAGAGGAAUAGGUUCAGUGUCUCACUUCAUGAGCUGCUGCAAGCAGAACCCAGCUUCUGUGCUAGGAAUGGCUCUAGACCCACCUGCUUCUCUCCCGGCAGCCGCCCAGUGGCCUCAGGGUGUCUCCUUAGACACACUGGGACUGGCGCAGAUGCCUCGCAGGAAGGACGGCACCGUCAUUAACUGGGCGGCCGAUAUUCAAAAAUGCUGGGAUUUCAGUGAAGAAGGAGCACAAGCUCGACUCGAAGCCUUUCUUCAGGAUGGUGUGUACAGGUACCACAAAGAGUCAGGCAGGGCGGACGCUCCGAAUACCAGCUGUCUGUCCCCCUACCUUCACUUUGGUCAACUCAGCCCACGCUGGGUGUUGCAGGCUGCAAAACGGACUUGCUGUCAAACCUCUAAGUUCCAACGCAAACUGGCUUGGAGAGAUUUGGCCUACUGGCAGCUAACGCUGUUUCCAGACCUGCCAUGGGAAUCUGUCAGACCCCCAUACAAGGCUCUGUGCUGGAGCAGCCGUCGCGACCACCUGAAGGCCUGGCAGCGGGGGCGAACUGGGUACCCUCUGGUGGAUGCAGCCAUGAGGCAGCUGUGGCUGACAGGCUGGAUGAGCAACUAUAUGAGGCAUGUGGUGGCAUCUUUCCUCAUAGCUUAUCUUCAUCUGCCUUGGCAACAAGGCUACCGUUGGUUUCAGGACACUCUGGUGGAUGCAGAUGUUGCUAUAGACGCCAUGAUGUGGCAGAACGGGGGAAUGUGCGGUCUGGAUCACUGGAACUUUGUGAUGCACCCUGUUGACGCAGCCAUGACCUGUGACCCUUGUGGGACCUAUGUUCGGAAGUGGUGUCCUGAACUUGCAGAUCUGUCUGAUGAGUUUAUUCACAAACCCUGGAAAUGUCCUAUAUCCAUGCUGAGGCGUUCAGGUGUGGUAUUUGGACAGACAUAUCCUGAGCGAAUAAUUACAGACCUAGAGGAGCGAAGAAGCCAGUCUCUGCAAGAUGUAGCUCAUGUGCGGAAGGAAUUCAACCAGUACGUAGACAAGCACACAGGCUGUGAUUUGGUGCCUUUGCCUCCACGCCUUCUCAGUGAAACCAUGGGCCUUUCACAGAAAGAUGACUGUGUGGUUUUAGAGGGGAAGCAAUUCCUGUUGCCUGUUAUCACCCGCAUGGAAUUCAAAUACCAACAAGAAAAUCCUGACACAGAUGCUGCAGCAAACCCCUACAACGCUCUUCUGAAGGGGUACGUGAGCCGUAAGAGGGAUGAGACGAUUGCCUUCCUUAAUGAAAGAGACUUCACAGCCAGUGUGAUGUAUGAAGCAGUCCAGAGGAAGGAGAGACUAGAGAGUGAUCAUCGUAGAAUGGAGGGACUCCCUGAGCCUCCUGCACUGCGGGGCAAAGUCAGACGAACUCCCACAGCCAAGGACAAAUUCUCUAUCGUACCUGGGGGGGGGGCAGUCACUUCAUUUGAGUGACCCAAAGAUUAAGACUUCACUGAACACCAGAGGUUCUAAGUGAUUGCUUAGUUACAAGUUAUAAAAAGUGUACUAUAUAUUAGAACUGAUUAUGUUGAGGUAAAAAUGAGAAAAUGUUGAGUUUCACUUCUAGUAUUUUAUAAAUCACCAGCUGUUACCACAACCCUGUUUCUGAAAAAGCUAGUAUUCAGAGUAAAAAAAUGUUGAAUGCAACAUUAAAUCAAUAUUUCCUGCUGAAGUUAGAGGUUUGUUUUACCCGUAAUGCAACUUAAAUGUGCAAAUAGAAACUGAAGGAAUACUGUCUUAAGCUCAUCAGUGAUUUAGUACCUGUACAAUACACAAGCACCUGCAGUCGCAGGAACUGAAAUUAUUAACGAUAAAUAAAACAAGGAAAA